GUGAUAAACACCAGCACUAACAACACCACCACCACCACCCAAGUUGCCAUUAUCAUAAAGCUUUCUUGUUUCUUCAAAAAGCUGCCUUUGCCUUCCCUUCCCUUCCCUUCCCUUCCCUUCCCUUCCAAUCCUGGUAAUCAUGAAAACCUAGCUAGCUACAAAACCCACUCCCCAUAUCCGGCAAAGAUUAUUUUUCCAGUUAUCCAAACACCAUAUAUAAGAUGUGGCGUAGCUUGGCAAGACUUAGGCGAAACAUGCAGAACAUAAGGAAAAGCCCUCGAGUAGCAGAUGAAAGCAUGUUUGGAGGCAUGAAUAUUAAUAAUGGAGCUGAGUAUCCAAUUUUUGUUCGUGAUAUGGAGAGACCACAUAGAGGGAGAAGUGGGUUUUCUGCUAUGUUUAGGAUUGUUCUAUCACCAUUAUCUCUUCUUUCUUGCUUCUCUCAACCUCAUCCCAGUGGUGCUGAUGGGCUGUGGGUUUCUGGUGGUGAGUUUGCUCAGUUGUCUGAGAUGAAUCAUCUUAUGGUAAAUGAUAGUAUGCGCUAUGCAAUCUUGAUGUAGAAAGAAACUUAAUUAGAAUUAAUAUAGUUUUGGUUUGUUUAAUUUAGGGUAAAAAGUAAUGCAAAAUUGUUGUUCUUCAAGGUACGUUCUACUCUGCCAUGGAUAUUAAAGAAACUUAGUAGCCUUUUUCAGAUUGCAUCCCAUUUAAAUUUUGUUCUUCUUUUCUUUCUUUCUUUUUUCCUUUUUUUCCCUUCUUGGCAUGCACAUAUAUAUGUGUAUCAAGUAUGUCACGAGAACAAUAGCCAUUUGUGAGCUAGAAGAAAUUUUUCUUUCUUCCUUUC